GCACUCAGAAUAUAAUGUCAAUGUGCACAAACCAUCCGUUACAAUAGCACUCAUUAAACUCUAUGAUUAGUAAAGUAGUUCCCUAUUCUUUUAUCACACACAAGAAAAAAUUGCAAUAUUCCUCUUUUUCUAUUCAUGCGGUAAUACCCAUGACUUUGUUAGGAGAGAGCAAAUUGAUUGCACCAAGAUAACACAAGUUUUAGUUUAGAUGUUGCAACUCCAAAAAUUACAAUUCUAAAAAUCAUACUAUAAACAAUUAAGUGUCUUUAAUCCUGCAUUUUAUUUUUCUAAUGAAAAUUUUAUGCUAAGAAGCAAAAUUUUCAGCAUUUCAACCUCUGGUCAAAGGUUUAUUUGCGUCAAUUUAUGUCUCUGCAACUUCGUCGCACGAUUCAAACCUUUGCAAGUUCGAUUACACGAGGCCAUAAAUGUUCCUUAGUUGAUAAAAAUAAAAACUUGAGUGAGUUGUCAAAACUGGGUCAAACUGAUGCAGCUCGAAAGAUGUUUGAUAAUAUGCCUGAGAAAGACGAGUUUACAUGGAAUACAAUGAUUGCGGCGUAUGCCAAUGUAGGGAGGCUUGUUGAAGCAAGACAAGUGUUCGAGGAGGUCCCAAUCAAGAGUUCAAUUACUUGGUCUUCUCUUAUUUGUGGAUACUGUAAGCAUGGUUUUGAAAUUGAAGGAUUUGAAUUGUUUUGGCAAAUGCAAAGUGAGGGGCAUAUACCCAGUCAGUUCACAUUGGGAAGUAUUCUGAGAAUGUGCGCAAUAAAAGGUUUGCUUUCAAGAGGUGAACAGAUACAUGGCUAUGCUAUUAAGACUUGUUUUGAUGUGAAUGUUUUUGUUAUGACUGGCCUUAUUGAUAUGUAUGCAAAGUCUAAGCGCAUCUUGGAAGCUGAGUGUAUUUUUCAAAUUAUGUCUCAUGGGAAAAAUCAUGUUACUUGGACUGCUAUGAUUAAUGGAUAUUCUCAAAAUGGUGAUGCAUUAAGAGCAAUUCAGUGUUUUAGCAACAUGCAUUCAGAAGGGAUUGAGGCGAACCAGUAUACAUUUCCCGGUGUUUUAACUUCCUGUGCUGCACUCUAUGAUAAUAGAUUUGGGGUACAAGUGCAUAGUUGCAUUGUCAAGGGUGGUUUUGAGGCCAAUGUGUUUGUUCAAAGCUCGUUAAUCGACAUGUAUUCUAAAUGUGGGGAUUUGCACAGUGCUAAGAAGGCAUUGGAAUUGAUGGAGGUGGAUCAUGCAGUUUCUUGGAAUUCGAUGAUACUUGGGUGUGUGAGGCAUGGAGUUCCAGAGGAAGCACUGUCUUUGUUCAAAAGGAUGCAUGCUAGUGAUAUGGAAGUGGAUGAGUUUACUUACCCUUCAGUUCUGAAUUCUCUUGCUUGUAUACAGUAUGUCAAAAAUGGGAAAUGUCUUCAUUGCAUGGUUGUUAAAACUGGAUAUGAAAGCUACAAGCUUGUAAGCAAUGCACUUAUUGAUAUGUAUGCUAAACAGGGAGAACUAGCUUGUGCAGUGAGUGUCUUCAAUAACAUGGUGGAAAAGGAUGUAAUCUCAUGGACAUCACUCGUCACUGGCUGUGCUCACAAUGGCUCUUAUGAAGAAGCUCUUAAAUUUUUUUGUGAGAUGAGAAUGGCUAAAAUUGAACCAGACCAAAUUAUCAUUGCUAGUGUUUUAAGUUCUUGCUCAGAAUUAGCACUACUUGAACUUGGACAACAAGUUCAUGCGGAUUUUAUUAAAUCUGGCCUUGAUGCAUCAUUAUCAGUUGAUAAUUCUCUUUUGACAAUGUAUGCCAAUUGUGGGUACCUUGAAGACGCCAAAAGAAUAUUCAACUUAAUGCAAAUGCGUAAUGUGAUCAGUUGGACUGCUCUUAUAGUGGCUUAUGCCCAGAAUGGCAAAGGAAAGGAGUCUCUGAGAUUUUAUGACGAGAUGAUUGCAAGUGGAAUAGAACCCGACUUUAUUACAUUUAUUGGCUUAUUAUUUGCCUGCAGCCAUACAGGUCUUGUUGAGCAUGGAAAGAAGUACUUCGAUUCAAUGAAGAAAGAUUAUGGGAUAAGACCAAGCGCUGACCACUAUGCAUGUAUGAUCGAUCUUUUGGGUCGUGCUGGGAAAAUACAGGAGGCUGAGAAAUUAGUCAAUGAAAUGGAUAUUGCACCUGAUGCUACUGUGUGGAAAGCGUUGCUUGCUGCAUGUAGAGUACAUGGGAGCACAGAUCUAGCAGAGAAAGCAUCAAUUGCCCUCUUUCAGUUAGAACCACAAGAUGCUGCCCCUUACGUUAUGUUGUCAAAUAUCUAUUCAGCUGCAGGAAAAUGGAAAGAUGCAGCAAAACUGAGAAGAAAAAUGAAGUUGAAGGGUGUUAAUAAAGAGCCUGGUUAUAGUUGGAUUGAGAUGAAUGGAGUUGUCCACACAUUUAUAUCUGAGGGAAGAAGCCAUCCAAAGAGUGAUGAAAUUUACUCAAAACUUGAUGAUGUUAUUACAUUGAUUAAGGAAGCUGGAUAUGUGCCAGACUUGAAUUUUUCUCUCCAUGAUAUCAAUGAAGAAGGAAGGGAACGAAGUCUUUCUUAUCACAGUGAGAAGUUGGCUAUUGCUUUUGGGCUUCUUUGUGUGCCAAAUGGAGUACCAAUUCGGAUUUACAAGAACCUUCGUGUAUGUGGUGACUGUCAUAAUGCGAUGAAGUUCAUGUCAGGAGUUUUUGGUUGUCAUAUUAUUUUGCGAGAUUCAAACUGUUUUCAUCAUUUUAAGGAAGGAAUAUGUUCUUGUGGGGAUUAUUGGUAGAAAAGGUACUUUUGACUUUCCUUGGCUCUUGUUUCCUUUGGGCUUGGCAAGAUCAGUCAUCCAAGAAAAAGGUAGCCCGGUUCACUAAGCUCCCGCCAUGUGUGGGGUCGUAGGAAGGGCCGGACCACAAAGGUCUAUUGUACGCAGCCUUACCGUGCAUUUCUGCAAGAGGUUGUUUCCACGUCUUAAACCCGUGAUCUCCUGGUCACAUGGCAGCAAUUUUACCAAUUACGCCUACUCGCCAAGGCUCCCCUUCAAGAUCAGAUCAUCCAAUUUUCAUUAAUUGGAGGUGCAGUUCAUCACAAGAUCAAUGUAAAUGAUAGGAAUUAUUGGAGCUGAUUUCUCUCUGAUACUUACACGAGUCAAUUCUCUAGUCCCUAUUCUCGCAACACUCUCCUACAUCAGGCACCAAUUGCCGCUCCCCUGCAUCAGGGAAGAUAACUACUCCUCAUUCUGAGAAAUACUUUUAACUCCAUGAAGCAGGGUCUGAUGGUCCUCAAGAAAGCUCCAUUCUACAUGACCACGUGAUGAGCUUUCCUACACGGGUAAAGUAGGGAGCUGCUUCUUUUUCAGUCUAUAAAUUACCCAACCAGAUUAUCAACCUAAACCGUGCACUUGUUCCAACUAGAUAGGGACCUAAACUGUGCACUUGUAGGGCGUCAGGAACUUUAGAUUGUGUUAAACUAUUCGAGAACUCUGGGGCUGUCAGGGAACUUUAGGUUGUGUUAAACUGUUUUAGAACUCUGGAAUGAUCUUGUUGAUUGAAAAAAUUAUGGAGUGCUGUGUGUUUGCUUACAACCUUUUUUUUAUUGGUAAGAAGAUAUAUCUAGUGUUUGGUUACAGCAUUUGGUUUUGCACUAUUCUGACAGUGGGUAUGGGAACUGUUGGCUUGCCGGUUUUCCAGUGAGGUAAUGGUAAAUUAUUCACCCACACAUAAUACAUGAUAUACAUGGGUAGGUCAUCUCUGAUUUUUGUGUAACUAUUCUAAAUAAACCUCUAGAUUCUGAAGAAAAUUUCUCUGGUUUUCACCUGUGCCAUAGGGGAUAGGGAUAGCUACAAUAACCUGUGGCAUAGGAGUAAAUUUUGUAUAUGCUAACAGAAUAUGAUUGUUGAAGCUCCAUUAUGUCCUUUAAGUGCCAUGUCCACCUAGUUGUUUGAACUCCUUUGCAAUGGAGCUGAUUUCCGCUUUUUAAAUGAAGUGUAGUGUGUACCUGAAACCUAGACUAUGAUUGAAAAGGAGUUGACUUGAUGUUUCCAGUUAAGAUUAGAACUCUGAGCGUGUUAUAGGUGCAUGCUAGUGCUUGAGAAUAUCUUAGUGUUUCCCUGAGAGUAAGAUUGGACAUUUGUUCAAUGCAUAGCCUUGUCAUUGUCUUGGGGAGUUUACUGCUAUUUGUAUAGAAUGAAAGUUCUUUUUUUUUUAAAAAAAAAAGAUGCAUGCUAGGCGUAUAAUAUAAUUUCUAAAGGUGAAGGUGUUUUUACUUUGGGUAAAGCUAAUGGAUUUUCUUUGAUUCCGUUGCCUUGGCUAGUUGAAACUUUGGUAUAACUGGACAAAACUUAGGUUUUGUUUCCUCUUUAAUGAAAAUGAUGGUUAAAAAGGUCACUCUUUGGGGGGCUAAUCCUUUUCAAAAUCUUCAAUUUUCGCCACAUAGACAUUUUGUUCAGUGUUUUUCUUAUCUUUUUUCACCUUCCUGUUUGAUACUCGUGGUACAUAAGCAGAAACUGAGUUUGAAUUUUCUUUAGGUAGCUGUAACUACUAUUUUACCUGUUACUUAGUACCUGAUUUUCCUCAUUUUCCUCCUUUUUAUAUAUGCUAAAUGCUGUCAGUCUAAUGAUGCUGAUGCUUUCAGUUGUGUUGCCAUGUGAAAAAAUGCUUCUGCAUCUGACAGUGCAGGCUCCUCUAAUUUACUUAUUAUCCCUAAUGUAGAGUCCUGUAGUGAAGCAACCAUAUAACUAUACAGGUUAUUGCUUGCUGUUUACUGUUAAUGGAGGGAGAUUUGAUGAAAAUGACAUUAAUCGACAACAGUUUUGAUGGAAGAAAUAUCAGCAGGCAGUGGUAAGUUGAUGAAAUCUUUGUAAGAUUUCUAAGUUCCUUGCUUGGAUUAUGUCAGCGCCUUUUGAUAAAGUCAAAACCUUUUGACAAGGGAUGGAUAUCAGAAAACUUUUGAGAAUUUCCUAGGGUACUAGAUGAUUCAUUAAAUUUCUUAAGAUUGAGAUAGCUGCCUUUUGUAAUCAUAAGGGAGAAAAAAGCUAUGCAGCUAGACUUCUGUUUACUCUCAGAAAGAAGCAUGUGAUGCAGUCUUGAGGGGAAAUACUCUUAUUGUCUAUUAUUAAACCUGAUUAGGAGAUCAUUUGAUAAAUUCUACUGUAAAAGUCACUGAUAUUGUGAUACAUGUUAUUCUGCAAACACACACCUUAUUUGUAACACUGAAUUGCCUAUGGAUUGAUUUUCCUUUGAAGACCCAAAGAAAAACAGUAAAUGGGUCAUAUUUGCAAGUUUAUGAUCUAAAAGAUGUAUUUUAUUUUUUAGCAAAAAAAAAUAAGAGAAUCUUCUUGACUGAUAUCAUUUGAUCAAACAAAAAAAGUAUUGGAGCCUGCGGCUUGGGAAGCGAAGGGUAGAUGUGCACCAACGGCUUCUUAAUAACUGAUGAUUCUUCAGCAAUGCCAGAAUAUAGAAAGACAACAUGUUGAAUGGGAAAUUCCUGACUUUUCCUUUGCCCUUUCUUUCCAAGGAUGCAUCUGGGUGAAGCGGACGGUGGUUAUAUUCAGAAGUCUAGACAUCUUUGCUUUCAAAUCUAUCUUUCUCUUAAUGUCUAGGACACAAUGAAUUGAUGUUCUGAUUUUGAAUGAAUACUUUUUUAUUUCCAAUAAAUAAUUCAUUUAAGUAUGUCCACGAAUUUCCUAUUCCUUUAUGCAUAAGUAUAACAAUUUUUUGCUUGCAGAAACUUGUAGCUUUCCCACCGCUAGUCCCCUGUUUCUCUUUUGUGAGCAUAUGGUAAGUGGAAUAUCUAAUGAAGCCUUUUGUUCAUUGCCUGCCUUUGGUUGUAUGGACCAUAAAAAAAUACACGUUACUGAACAUAGUAUAUUCAUCAUUCCCAGGUCCUCCAUGACAUCAAAGCCCUUCCCAAUGAAGUCAUUGUAGCCUUUCCUAUUAUGAGUACUAGCGGGGGAAAAUAGAUACACACAUUUCCUGAAACCAUCCCCCACGGAGUUUAUGAAACAAAAUGCGAAAUGAUAAUGUUCUUGAUGGACGCGGAAACCAGCCAUUGGCAGCAAUACCAGGAAUUCUGGUGGGACUGCGUUACAGGUUCAAAGUACAUCUAUUUCUGUUUGAUCCUGGAGAUUCAACUAGUUGCAUGGCAAUUUAGAAUUAGGUUACCACAAAAAAGAGGUAAAAUUGGAAAGAAAAAGGAAAGCCUACUGAUGGAUUGAUUGGAUUGUCACAAUGUCGCUGUUGAUGGUGAUGAUUAUAUCUGUGGUGGUGUAUUCUCUAUGUAGAUCAAAUAGGUAUGUGUUGCAAGCUCAUAAACCAUCCGGACCACAUGCCAAGGACCUUAUGCAAUUGUCAAUAAGUAAACAGACCUAUCUUAAUUGUCCUUAUUUGUUGAAUGGGGGAUGUAAUCUCUCUGGUUCAAAUUUGUUGUGAUCACAGGACCACAAAGCUGUACUUAAAAACUAUUUAGGUGCUGACUUUUCAUAAGAGAUUGUAGUUGCUGUUAAUUAGUGCUUCGAAUCUAUUUU